AUGGCUCCGCGAUCGCAGAAGAAGCCGGCCGCGCGAGUCAUUGCAAGGGCUGUGAAGCAGCGAUCUGGUGGCCGGGCAGCGCCUGGCCGCGAGGCUUUGAGCAUUCGCUGUGUGGGCGGCACUCUUCGAGCAGAGGUCGGUGGUCGACAGAGCCCGGAACUUCAAGCAGCAAAGUCUCAGCGGCGCCUGUGGAGCCGCGCUCGGGAGCUCCUGCAAAAGGAGGGCUUGGUGGUGCUUCGCGGACUGCUGCCUGCCGCCCUUGUGAGCACUGCCCGCACGAGGCUAUUGCGGGAGUUGUCGGCAGCGAAGGCACUCAGGCCUGGGACUGCCUUGGACUCGGCCAUGGUCGCCCCGGGCUGCCUUGAGGGGGAGGUGCCGAUGCCCUCUCUGCUGCGGCGCUUGGACCUUCAGGCCUUGCCAGAGGUUCUGGCAGUGCUAGAGCACGAGAACCUUUUCGAGGCGACAGCAAACAUCCUGCAAGUGGACGAGGUGGUGACUACAGCGUACAAGUGGCUGCGGGCGGUGCCGCCCACCACUUUCACCGGCCCACACAUGGACCGUGCUUAUGUGGGUGAGGGCCGACGGCUGACGGCGUGGAUCCCACUCGGUCCCGUGAGGUGCGGGCAGCGCGAGCUUGGCUCGCUUUGCUGGAUUCCGGGCUCCCACACGAAUCCGGCAGUUAUUGAGCGGUUCGGUUUAAGGACUACCGGCGCGUUGGGUCAGAUGGAGAAAGGAGUGGUUGGCUUGCAGCCGAUGCUGGCGCCCUCGCACUACCAGAAGGACUCGUCAAACCAGCGCACGCCAUCCUCGAAACGCGUCUAUGACCUUCAGGAGAUUUCGCUCGUAGGACCUGAUGCACGAUCCUUGGCUUUGGGUGCCGUGCUGACGGAAACUCUCGUGCCACUAACGGAGUUCCAGCAAGAUCCCACCGAGCACGCGUCCCUGUCGAACGUGCUGGGGCCGAACCCGUGGAACGUAGGCUUCAUCCUCAAUGGACAGCUUCCAGAGCAGGUCAUCCAACUGCUCAAAGCCUUUCUGCGCAGCGUCGUUAUGAAGUUUCCCAAAGCCUACUCCUUGGAGGAGGCAGUGAUGCCCGCGGCCAAACGCGGAAAGCUUCGGAUGUGCAAGCUUUCCCUGGAAUCGGUGGGCAGUUGGUCUCAGAUCAGCCUGGUCCAUGUAGCAGCGUUCUGCAGCCACGAGCGCUUGGAGCAGGAUCUCCACCUCAUACUGAGCUCUUCGGCAACAUGUGUAGGCCUGAAGGGCAACAUCAACGCACGUGCACUCUUCGACGUGGAGCUGGAUUUUCCGCGGGAGCAGGUGAAGGGAGAGGGUUUGAUCAUCAAGGAGAAGGUCGCAUGCUCGGUUUUACCGAUCCACUUCGCGGUCUAUGCCGGAAAUGUGCAUGCCGUCAAGGUGCUGAUCCGGUGCCGCGCUGCGGUGGAAUCCCGGGCCACCUUCGAUGCUGUCCCGGACUACACUCCCUUGCACCUGGCGACCACCCUGUGGGCCAGGGCCGGGGAUGAUGCGGUGAUUCAGCACCAGGUGGUGAAGAUCCUCCUGGAAAAUACUGCAGAUCCUACUACAAUGGAUCUCAGCGGCGCGACUUGCAAUGAUCUGAGGCCACAAGGAGGUGCCAGUGCGAGCACACUCAGAAGCCUGCGCUUGCGCAACAUCGGCAUCAAAAGGGGCAUGGUGGUCGAACUCAACUUGGAUGCGAUUGCCAAGAAGGGGACAAAGGCAAGGUUCCUGGAGACUGCCGAUGCGCGACGCAGCGAGUUCGUGGUGAUGGCAGAUGCAGAGGACCCUCACGAAGAAGACGAUCUACUUCAACUCUCGCUUCUGGUCAGGGACACUUUGGAGGAAAGCAGGGUGCUCAAGAUCCAGCAGUGUUGCGUGUCGGUGCUCGGCUACCGAUUCUUCCAGUGCUGCCUUCGGCACGUGCUGGACUAUCUCUUCGGGACGAUACAGAUGCCUUCUCCAAGGUCCAUGAUGGAUUCUCCCAUUAUCCGGUCACGAACUCUGGAAGAAGAGAGCGCGGCGGCAGAGGGAUCCCUGACUGUCCAGGACUUCCGUUUGGGUGGGCCCUCGAAGCGCCGGGCAGUUACCAUCGCAGACUUUCAUGGCGAGGACGUGAUGAGCGAUUCAGACCUGGAGCCCGGCAUCCUUCCAGAUGUGGAAAUGGAACAUGCCGUGAAGAUGAAGCUGAGCAACCCGCUGCGCCCUGGAAAGUUUUACCGCAAGAGAAACCGAGUUGCUGAAGGUUACUUGCUGCACUUCGCGAUUGAUGAGAUGGUUCGAGAGGAGGACAGGAAGUGGAAUGUUGCGGCAGAAGACGUCCUGCAGCUGCUCGGCAUCCCUCUAGUUAUGGCGCUUCUGACGAAGGCACGCAUCGGGAGUCGCCAGACCUGA